ACCUGAUGGUCGAGAAAUGGAUUCAUCAUCAUCUUAUGCCGACAAUGAUGCUCAUGUCUUCGAGGAAGAUUUGGGUCCACAGCCGCUCACAGUCACAAAAGCCAGGAAUUUGCUGUCUUGGUACACAUUAUCUCAAAAUGGUAGUGUGCCAGGAGUGGACAACAUCCCCGUCUUACGUCCUUUGUGGGUGCGAUGUGACAUGUCUGACCCUUCUGGAACUGUCUGGCUUGGAGCGGAAAUGUCCUCGACAGGCAACAAAGUUACUGGUGUUAAGUUAUACUCUGUCACCUGUAAAGGAGCAACUGUGGACAGAGGGUCUCUCAUAACCCUGGAUGAGCUUAAACAAGAACAUAAAAAGAGACAUCACCUGGCCUCAAUGGUGACAAAAGGCAGUGCUAAGUUCAACCUGUUUGGCUCAACUGUUGUUGAAAACACUUUGAUUGAGUCACAAAGUAGCGUUACAGUAGAUUUCAAAUGGAGUCACGUGGACAGUAUCCUUGAGAUGCCACCCAUGUCCUCCACAGCCACUCUGAAUAUCAAAGUUGCCAGUGGGGACAUGAGGAGCCCAGUGUUUGAGAUAUACAGGGAGCUGGAGUUUCUUCAGACUCUUGCUGACGGUUUGAGAACUGGUGAGACGGAAUGGAUGGAACCUUUGGAAAGUAGCUCUGCUGUAAAUCUGACUACAGCUUAUCUGGAAGAGCUGCAGAGUACUGUAAACAUGGUUCAGGACCAGUCUGCAAAAAGAGCUGAGGACACAAAUCCAAAGCCAGACUUGGACACGCCUAUUUUCAACUCUCUCUUGGAAAGAGGCGACUUGGAUUUUGUAGAGCAACUGUGGGUUCGAAUGAGAAAGAGUGUGACAUCAUAUCAAGACAUUGGAGACUGUCUGAAGCUGGUCAUUGAAGCUCUGAGAUAUGGAGACAUCAAACCAUGGAUUCACAGAGACAGCUGCAGCUCUCUGAGCAAACUCAUCUUACAGUCGUACCAUGAGCAGAUCAGUCAUGUUUCCCUUACGGGUCUCGCUCCUGUCCACAUGCUGUUAGAGAUGGGUCUGGACAAGAUGAGGAAAGAUUACAUUAACUAUCUCAUUGGUGAAGAACUAACAACUCUAAACCAUUUGGGUUUUUAUCUGAGUACAGAAGUUGAUCUACUGGAGCAAAAAUUUUUAGGGGUCGACGAUACCGAUUAG